CUUCCGCAUUCUUUGUUGUGAUUAAUGGGACAGGUUAUAAUCUCCUUAAAAGGCGCCUCGUCAUUACAAGAUGAUGUACAAAUCAAAUCGUAGGUUCCAACCUUGAAACACCAGAGCCUGUUUCUUCUCCUGUCUACGCCGCUACAAUGCCAUCCUCAAAGACACCAUUAGAAGUUGAUGAUGUCACCAUCACCAGCUUCACCGUUACCGACAUCAGGUUCCCCACUAGUCUAGACGGAGUUGGCUCAGACGCCAUGCAUAUUGGCACGAAUGGGUCGCAUCCAUACAUUCAACUGCAUACCAAUCACGGUGAUUUGAUCGGUGAAGGGAUUGCUUUCAGCAACGGUCGAGGAAGUGAACUCAUUUGUAUGGCUCUGAACAUCUUCGCGAAACGCGUAGUUGGAAAGACAAUGCAUGAGUUGACUCGCAACAUGGGCAAGACCUGGCGAUAUAUGGUCUCCGACUCCCAGUACAGAUGGAUCGGUCCUGAGAAGAGCGUGACACAUUUGGCCGUUGCUGGCGUACUCAACGCUGUUUGGGACCUCUGGGGCAAGAUAUUAGGUCUUCCGGUAUGGCAGAUCGUGUGUGAGAUGAGUCCCGAGGAGAUUGUCCGCUGCAUCGACUUCAGGUAUAUCACCGACGUCAUCACACCAGAAGAGGCCACCAGUAUGCUUCAAAAGACUGUCAAAGGCAAGGAAGAGCGCUUGAGGGAGGCAUUCGAGAAUGUUGCCGUGCCAGCCUAUACAACAUCCGCGGGAUGGAUGGCAUUCUCUGGCGAUAGGAUGAAGGAGGUGUUGCAUGAGACAUUGGCCCAGGGAUACAAGGUCUUCAAGUUCAAAGUCGGGACCAGCAUCGAGGCCGAUAGAGAAAGAUUGUCUGCUGUGAGAGACGUCUUGGGUUACGAUAAUGACUACCAGAUCAUGAUUGAUGCUAAUCAGGUCUGGAGCGUACCCGAGGCUAUUGAGUACAUGAAGCAUUUGGUGGAGUUCAAGCCUGUUUUUAUUGAAGAACCCACAAACCCCGACGACGUGCUGGGGCACGCAGCGAUUCGCAAGGCGCUGAAGCCGUAUGGCGUCGGUGUUGCCACAGGCGAAGCAGCACAAAACAGAGUCACUUUCAAGCAGUUAUUGCAGGCUGAAGCAACUGACGUUGCACAAAUCGAUGCUGUUAGACUCGGUAGCGUUAACGAAUGUCUUGCGGUCAUGCUGAUGGCCCUCAAGUUCAAUAUCCCAUGCGUUCCACAUAAUGGCGCAAUGGGCUUGACAGAACUCACAUCCCAUCUCAGCACGAUUGACUAUGUUGCUAUUAGUGGACGCAAGUCGAUGUUGGAAAAUGCCGACAGCCACCGUGAAAACUUGCGACAUCCCUCCAAGAUUGUCAAUACUCACUACGUCACGCCAUUGUCACCAGGUUACUCUACAGGCUACACUGAUGAAGCGCUCCAAAAGUAUACUUAUCCUGAUGGCAAGUUCUGGACAUCUGAAAUUGGUUUGAAGAUUAUCGCGCAGCCCACAGGUGGCGAGCUAUAACAUUUGAAUCGACUCCUCUUAUACAUCAAUCAAGAUAUUUCACACCUUGAUAUCUUUUAUAGUACUGUGAAAUAGAAUCCGGACAAUCAGAUGAACCUGCGUUAUCAAGAUCCUAGAUCUCUCAGACUCUUGUUCGAAGACGUGUCUUCCUCCUUAUCUCCUUAAGUAUUGCCAAAACAUCGGAGAUACUGGAAACAUUCCAUUGACUCAAGUUAUCAAUGGCCAAACUUUGAAGGCUCUCUAUGUCAGGAAUAAAGUGCCGGAGCUCAGAAUUGAGCCAUGACAGUGUCAGUAUAAUCACCGCCCCGAGCGACCUGGCUUGGUGAUUUAGUAUUAGACACUGCGGCCUGAUGGAGGUUGCUUACGACAAUGCAAACGUCCAAGUGUACUGACUUGGAGCGCGAAGAAUCUUAGAGGUGUGGUAAAGAUACAAACUGCAACUUUCGAUACAAAUACCUGCCUUCUCGACAAUAGCACUCGAAAUCUGUGAGCUCGUGUGCGUUGUAACAUGGAGAACAAAAGGUCGGUAUAUAAUAUGUUUCGCGGCAUAGUAUCGAAUUCUCAAUAUGGAUAUCCUGUCAUUGUCUAUUUCCUCAAGAUUAAGUGGUGGUCGGAACUGCUCGGGGAUUGCUGCGUGCCAUAAGUCGAGUUGACUGUGCAGUUCUUCACAGACAGAGGUGAUCGAAGUCAGCUCGUCGAUAGAAAACUCUUCUGGUGUCAUCAGUGAGGUUGAAGAAAGAGACGUGUUGAGAGAAUUUGGUGUUCUUGGGUAUAGGGAGUUGUGUAUGCGGUUCAGAAGUCGUCUGAUAGAUAUCUCGGCCAGAUAGGCUGUCAUGUGAAGAUCAUCCAGAUUCCCACAUCGGGGCAGGCUUGCGUCAUCAGUCAAUUGUUGAAGACUGCUUCUAGGGAGCUCCAGCUCAGCGAGCCUGUCGCAUUCGAUGAUAAAGCAAGACCAAAAUAGCCGCAGUAUAUCGACUUCUGUAUUGAGUGUUUGCUUUUGGCAAUCCAAGCUGGUAAUCUUAUUAGCGAUUAACUAUCUGAUAGUAUGAAGCUCUGACCUUGAAAGCUUUAGCUGUAAAAGAUUGGUAGCCAAGUAUAUGAGUCGCCAACUAUGAAGCGGACGGACAAUAUAUGCAAAAUAGACACUCGC